GUUUGUGGAAACUAGUGUGUGUGGAUGCGUAAUAAGUGUGUUUUGGGUUCCUCGAGGCUGCAUUUUACUUCUGUCCGCCCACAGUACCAAACUGCCUCUUCCACCUUCGAACCUUUACAGAACUGAGCCUGCAGUUGCACUUGGAUCAUGUCUUAACCGCGGAGCGGAGGUCCGGUUCGGUUCCGUUCGGCGGCGGCUCUGGGCGGGUUUUAUGCAGCUGGACUCACGCUGAGGGAGUGUGGGGACACUUGUAAACUCCAGAAGAGACAGAAGAUGUUGAAAAAAUGAUAGCAGUUCAGGACUUUCAAGCAGACUUCUACCAGGAAGGACACUCUCGGCUCUCUGACACCGAUCUUGAAGAUCUUGAGGGUCGAAAUGGCAAACCUGGAAAAGGGAAGAAGGGGAAGAAGACCCUUGGAGAAAAGUUGAAGGGGUCAGAGGUGAGAGGUCGGGUAAAUGGCCACCAUCAGGAGAAUGAUAUGGAGAAUCUCAGUUUGUUCGAGAUUGUCAAAUUGGGCAAGAGUGCCACACAGUCAGUUGUUGAUGAUUGGAUUGAGUCCUAUAAGACAGACAGAGACUCUGCCCUGCUGGAACUGAUCAACUUCUUCAUCCACUGCUCUGGUUGUAAAGGCGCUGUGAGCUCAGAGAUGUUCCGGCACAUGCAGAAUUCUGAGAUCAUCAGGAAAAUGACGGAAGAGUUUGAUGAGGACAGUGGCGAUUACCCACUAGCGAGUUCAGGUCCUGUGUGGAAGAAGUUUAAAUUAAACUUGUGUGAGUUCAUCGCGGUCCUGGUCCGACAGUGCCAGUACAGCAUCAUCUAUGAUGAGUACAUGAUGGACACGCUCAUCUCUCUCCUCACCGGCCUGUCUGACUCACAGGUCAGAGCGUUCAGACACACCAGCACCCUGGCAGGCAUGAAACUGAUGACCGCUUUGGUGAACGUUGCUCUGAAUUUGAGCAUCAAUUUGGACAACACACAACGACAAUACGAGGCAGAACGCAACAAGAGCGUCGGGAAACGAGCCAAUGAACGCCUGGAGUUCCUGCUGCAGAAACGCAAAGAGCUCCAGGAAAACCAGGAUGAGAUUGAGAACAUGAUGAAUGCCAUUUUUAAAGGAGUGUUCAUCCACAGAUACAGGGAUGUAAUUGCUGAGAUCAGGGUCGUUUGCAUAGAGGAGAUUGGUAUGUGGAUGAAGAUGUACAGUGAUGCUUUUCUAAAUGACAGUUAUCUGAAGUACGUGGGCUGGACCAUGUAUGAUAAGCAAGGUGAGGUCCGUCUGAAGUGUCUUACAGCUCUUCAGGGUUUGUAUUAUAGCAGAGAACUUAACGCCAGACUGGAACUCUUUACAAGCCGCUUUAAGGAUCGGAUUGUGUCCAUGACUCUGGAUAAGGAAUAUGAUGUUGCUGUUCAGGCCAUUAAGCUGCUGACACUAGUUCUGCAAAGUAGUGAUGAGGUCUUGACUGCUGAAGACUGUGAGAGCGUCUAUCACUUAGUCUACUCUGCCCACCGACCGGUUGCUGUGGCAGCAGGGGAGUUUCUCUACAAAAAGUUGUUCAGUCAUCACGGUCCAGAGGAUGAGGGGCGGCCAAGGAGAGGCAGACAGUGUUUGAAUGCUAACCUCAUCAGAACAACUGUCUUGUUCUUCCUGGAAAGUGAGCUCCAUGAGCACGGUGCCUAUCUGGUGGACAGCUUGUGGGACUGUGCGUCAGAGCUCCUGAAGGACUGGGAGAGUAUGAUCAGCCUGUUGCUAGACGAACCGUUCCCUGGAGAGGAAGCUCUCACUGAUGCUCAGGAAACUGCUCUGAUUGAGAUCAUGCUCUGUGCUGUCAGACAGACCUGUGAGUGUCACCCACCCAUCGGACGAGGCUCCGGAAAAAGGGUUCUUACAGCUAAAGAAAAGAAAGCCCAGCUGGAUGAUCGAACAAAGAUCACAGAAACGUUUGCUGUGGCUUUGCCUCUGUUAUUGGCUAAAUAUUCAGUGGACCCAGAGAAGGUCACUAAUCUGUUGCAGUUUCCUCAGUAUUUUGAUUUGGAGAUCUAUACAACCGGUCGACUGGAGAAGCAUCUGGAUGCUCUGCUGCGUCAAGUCCGCGAUGUGGUGGAGAAGCACACAGACACAGAUGUAUUAGAGGCAUGUUCUGUAACAUUCCAUGCACUGUGCAAUGAGGAAUUCACCAUCUAUAACCGUGUAGAUAUCGUCCGCAGCCAGAUGCUCGAUGAACAGAUUGACAAGUUCCACCGCUUGCUGGAGGACGUCCUGCAGGAGGGGGAGGAGCCUGAUGAAGAUGAUGCCUAUCAAGUUUUGUCAACACUCAAAAGAAUCACAGCCUUCCACAAUGCCCAUGACCUUACUAAAUGGGACCUUUUCACCAGCAACUACAAACUUUUGAACUCUGGCCUGCAAAACGGGGAUAUGCCUGAGCAGAUUGUGGCUCAUGCACUCCAGUGCACUCACUAUGUCAUACUCUGGCACUUGGCUAAAGUCUCAGAGGGCAGUGCCAAUAAGGAUGAAAUGGUGCUGUUGCGGAGGCAGGUGAGAGCCUUCUGUCUGAUAUGUCAGAGCUACCUGAACAGCAUCAGUACCACUGUCAAAGAACAGGCCUUCACCAUUCUCUGCGAUUCACUCCUGAUCUUCAGUUAUCAGAUUGUGGCAUCGGGACGGGAAGCUUUAGAACCCCUGGUGUUCAGUCCAGAUGCAUCCUUACAGAGCGAACUAAUCAACUUUAUCCUGGAUCACGUGUUUGUUGACCAGGAUGAGGACAGCAGCGCAGACGAUGAGGCUGGUAAGAUUGAGGCGCUCCACAGACGCAGGAAUUUAUUGGCCGCCUUCUGCAAAUUGAUCAUCUACAAUGUUGUGGACAUGAAGACAGGAGCUGAUGUCUUCAAACAGUACAUGAGAUACUAUAAUGAUUAUGGUGACAUCAUUAAGGAGACCAUGAGUAAGGCACGUCAGAUCGACAAGAUUCAGUGUGCCAAGACUCUGAUCCUCAGCCUGCAGCAGCUGUUUAAUGAGAUGCUGAGUGAUCUAGGCUGUAACUUUGAUCGUUCUGCAUCUGCUUUCUGUGGGAUUAAAGAACUGGCCCGACGCUUCUCGCUCACGUUUGGACUUGAUCAGGUCAAAACAAGAGAGGCGAUUGCAAUGCUCCACAAGGAUGGAAUAGAAUUUGCAUUUAAAGAACCCAGUCCACAGGGAGAAGGCGGCCCUCCUCUCAACCUUCCGUUCCUUGACAUCCUCAGUGAGUUUUCCUCCAAACUACUGAGGCAGGACAAGAAGACUGUGCACCUGUAUCUGGAGCGGUUUAUGACCUUUCAAAUGGCCCUCCAGAGGGACGAUUGCUGGUUGCCUCUCAUCUCCUACCGGAACUCUCUGCAAGCGGGCGCUGAUGAUGAUACACUGUCUGUCAUCAGCGGAAUGAGCAGCAGGAGCUCCGCCCGCAGUCGCAGGAGCAAACCACCUGCUGCCAACAAGAGAAAACUGCCUGAGGAGGAGAGUAGCUGCAGCAGCAGUGAUGUGAGCGCGUGGGUCAACCGAGAGCAGACUGGCCCACACACUCCUGUAAUGAUGUCAUCACCCCACAUUGUCUCCACUGUCCUGCGGGAUGCAAAGAAGCUUCGACCAGAGGAGGGGUACAUGGGAGUUUACAGCAUGAGCAGCGAAACGCAACACACACCCCUGCAGCAGCCGCACCAACACAUGGACUACAAUUCUCAGGUCGCGUGGAUGAUGGCCCAAAAACAGCAGCAGGACAGAGCAAGCCUGCAGUAUGGCAAGAUGAGAGGCCACAUUCAGCACACCAUUCGCCGUGGCAGCGGACUGAUGGAGGAUGAUGAGGAGCCAAUUGUAGAGGAUGUGAUGAUGUCAUCAGAAGAACGACUGGACGACCUUAAUGAGGGCAUGGACUUUGACACCAUGGACAUUGAUUUGCCUCCAUCCAAAAACCGCAGGGAGAGGUCAGAGCUGAAACCAGACUACUUUGACCCUGCCUCCAUAAUGGAUGACUCGGUUCUUAAUGUCUCCAUGUUCUGAGAUGGGUAAAUGAGAGCAUCGCUGACAAGUUUCUCCUCCUCUGAUUUCACUCCAUGGACUAAAUGCACAUGAUGGUGCUGUGUAUCGUUCCCUCCUGAAAACACACCAUAACUUUCCAUCUGUACAUAUAACAGACAAACAUUUACAGCAUGAGAUCAGACUUAUCUAUUCAUGCUUUUUUGUAAUGGAGGUUUAAAAAUAGCUGUUUUUUGUAACUCCUGGAGGAGUUUUGAUUUUUAAGUAAUUUUGUAAAGACAAUCAGUUGUAAAUGACUUUAUAAAGGGUGAUUGAAAUCUAAACUUUAUAACUCAA